AUGGAGUCUGCAGAGCAGAAGUUGACGGCUGUCCUCGGGGCUGUAUCCAAGCUGGGGGCCAGGCGUGCCCUUAGCGAGUGGUUGCUCCAGAAGGCGGUCGCGGAGGCUGCUCGGGCGGCCGUGUCGGACCCUGCUGGGUCCCGCCAGAGCCAAGACCAGCUCACGACAUUUGAGGGCAUUUUGGGAGCUGGACGCAAGGCCACGUCCGAAGAGGUGCGGAAGGCGCUCCUCAGCAGCGGCUUGGACAGCGGGCGCGAGCUGGCCAAGAGAUGGGUCACGGCCCACCCGGACCCGCACUUGGCGUACGAGAUCCUUGAAGCGUUGGACGCCGUCGCCGGCGCCGAGACGGUCGUAGAUGGUGGCAGCGGCGGCGAAUCCAGCGACGACGUGCCGAGCUUGCCGCAGGAGCGGCUGGCGCAGACGGCGGUCAAGGCCGAGGCGAGCCAGGAGAAGCUCGACGAAAAGGCCAACGUGUCGGCACUCCUCGCCGGAAAAUGCCUGGAGCUCCAGGAGGCUCACCAGCGCUACCAGCAGCUGCUGGUGGACACGGACGCGGCGCGGCACUCGCUGCAGCUGCAGGUUCAGGAGUCAGAGGCCAAAGCAAUGGAAGCCCAAGAGGCUCUCGUGCAGAGGCUCGAGCAGGCGAAGAUGCAGGAGAAGGCGAUGGAGGCCAGGUGCUGCGGGCUCGACGCUGAGCUGCGGGAGGCGUUGCAACUCGUGGCGGAGCUGCAGUCCGAGCUGGAGCCCAAGGUCGACGCCAAGUUCGGCCAUGAGGGCGACCAGGACCUGGCGCGGGCCGCUGGCGGCAGGGUGCAGCCAGAGAAGGCCGAGCACGCCGACAAGGGGCUCGAGGAGCACACUUGCCUGAGUGUGUAUGAGGCUGCUGGCCACGCUUCGGCCGAGGCCAUGCCUUCGGCAGAUCCCAGCGUGCAGCUGCCCACCUCGCCCCUCAACGUGUUCCUUUCCGCAGAUGUGGGCAGUAUCCUCAGGGCGCUGUGUGAUGAGGAGCCCAUUGACAUAGAGAAAACAUGUGAUUUUCUCAACCAGGGCAUCUUCGCGCCCAAGCCUACCGAUGACGAUGCCAUUGGGACUCUGAUCGCCAUGGAGAGUGCCUGCCCUGUUGCUGCCGCUAACGUGCUCGCCGACGUAGUCCGUGGCUUUGACACGAUCUGCAACCACAUCGAGUACAUCAAGAGUGCAGCUCGCGCGGCAG